GUUUGGAGGACUUUGCUUAGCUUCAAGAGGAUGGAUCGGGACAAGGCCUUUGCGAAAACCUUGUCACAAUAUCAGAAGUCUUGUGCAGAGCUCUUUGGCCUAAUCAGGGAUGAAGAAAAGGGCAAAGUUAGGAGGUGGGAGGAAGAGCGACCAAAUCUAGAACUUCUAAUAUCUUCCCUGAACCAGACGUGCGAUAUUCUUAAGAAGGAUAAGAAGCGUCUCGCGGCAGAACUUACAGCGAAGCAACAGGCCGCAGCUGCUGCCAACAGCUUUCCGGCAAAACAGAGCCAACGAAAUGCGUCUUCCGAAUCGAUCUCGCUUCAUAGCGCUAAGGACCCGGCCUCGCUGCAACGCGAGCUGGAGGAGCUCACCGCACGUCUGCAGGCAACGGAACUCGAGAUUGUGAAAAGCAACCAGGAGCUCUCAAGCUGCGAGCGCGCAGAUGAACGAGAGUACCUCUCCACCAAAUGCGUCGUCCUGCAGGACACCCGCCGCAUCCUCUCCGAGGAGCUGCAGUCCCUGCGCGCCUCCCUCGCCCGCCUGGACGCCAUUCGCAGCCGCGCAGAAGCUGAGCGCCGCGCCGCUGCCGAGGGGGGCGCAGGCGGCGGCUGGGCGGCGGUUGCGGCGCUUGAGGAGCAGCUGGAGCGCGCCACCAGCCGCCUGGACCGAGUCAAGCAGCUGCUGUACUUCCCGGAAGCAAAGGGCUACAGGUUUAGCAGCGGCAGCGGCGGUGUGUACGUGGGAGCUCGCGACCUGCACCUCAGUGAGGUCAGCGGCAGGUUCGAGUUCACAUGCGAACCCAUAGGGCCUGCACUGGCUCGCGCUACCGGCACCGGCCCAUGCAGCAGCAGCGCUGGCGCUGGAGGAGGCGGUGGCAGCGCGGGGGGUGCAACAGGAGGAGGAGGAGCGGCGAGUGGGAUGGGACGUGAUUCCACGCGUGUGGCGAGGCUGACGGUAGCACUGGGGGGCGUGUCGGCCUCUACUGCACUGGCGGAACGCAGCGAUUCCCGGCGCAGCGGCUUUGCCUCCUCCACGCAUGCCGCCACCGCUGGCGCCACCGACACGGCGGGUCGGCCCGCCUCGUCUGGCAGCAGCAGCGGCAGCAACGCCAACAACAGUGGCACCACCACCAACUCCAGUACGCUGCAGCCCAGCGGCUCUACCAACCUCUCCGUCCGUAGCUCCGGCGGGGGCGCCUCCGCUGGGGGUCCUGGAGCGGUGGCGGAGGGUUAUGUGACGGGAUACAGCGGGGAGCAGGACCCAGCGGCUCUCGCGAAUCAAACGGCGCCACCGCUAGCGGGACCCGAACCCCUCGCCGGUGCGGCUGCCUCCGCUGGGGGCGCAUCACCGACUACUCCCCCCGCUGGCCGCUCCGCACCGGGGGUCUCCGCCGGCGGAGGCGGUGGUGGAGGCAGCAGCCUUACACCCACGUCUUCGCCCGCACGGAUGGUGCCCCUGGGGAGCCCCUCCGCCGCCUCCCCGACUUCCUCCUUGGCACCCACCGCUGUUGCGGUGGCGCCAGAGGUGGCGGCUUCCCACGUUGUGGCUCCUAGGGGCUCGCCGGUCGCUAUGGGCCAGGCAGGGCGCAACUCUCCUUCAGCUGCUGCUGCUGUUGCGGUUGCGGCUCCUGUUGUGGAGCCCCGGCAAGCACCACAGCAGCAGCACCAGCUCCAGCAGCAGCAGCAGGCGCUACAGCUGCUCCAGGCUUCCCCUCAUGAGGCGUUAAAGCAACAGCCGGCGCAAUUACAGCAGCCCCUGCAACCAUCACAGCAGCUGUUGCACCAGCAGCAGCAGCAGCAGUUCCUGAUGCAUGGCGGCCAGUGGCAGCAGCAUCCUCAGCAGCAACACCCUCAGCAGCAGCCCCAGCAGCAGCUGCUACAGCCUCAGCUGCAGCAGCAACAGGCUUCACAGCAGCACCCAUUGCAGCACCCGCAGUACCCGCAGCACCAGCAGCAGCUCACUGCCUCACAACCACAACCGCACCCACACCCGCUGCAACCCAUGCAACCAAUACACCAUCCGCAACAGUUGCCGCACCCGCAGCAGCACCUGCAUCCGUAUCCGCAGCAGCAGCACCCGUAUCCUCCCCAAGCCCAGCAGCCCCCCAUGCGCCCAUCGCAGCAGCCCCCUCAGUAUCCCCAGCCGCUGCAGCCCCCGCACCCGCUGCAGCCCCCGCACCCGCUGCAGCCCCCGCAACCACGCCCACCCCUGCAAGGCUUCAGCUCCGGGCCCCCACCUCCAACCUCAGGAUUACCGCUCGGCGGUGCGCCUGCCCCCACCCACCGACGAGCCCCCAGCCAUGACCCCUCCAUGGGAGCUGCCGCAAGCGACGGGCCCAUGGCCGCCGCCAUGGGGCCAGCAGCUGGGAUGGCGGCGCCGCCGCCGCUGCGCGGCAUGCAACCGCCGCCGCCGCCGCAACCACCGACAUCGUACGGCAUGCCACCACCGGCGCCGUCGCCGCGUACCAAGGGUGAGGGCGUCGCAAACUUCCUGUCGGGGCUGAAGAACAAAAAGGAGCGGCUGAAGAACAUUGUGGGCGGCUUGGUGGGGGACAAGGACCGGGAUCGAACCGGCAACCUCGCCAGCAUGAGCAGCAGUGGCGGCGGUGGCGGCGGUGCGGGCCUGAACCAGGGGCUAUCAGGGCCCUAUGUCCCGGGCCCGGGGCUAGCUCCGGGACGAGAUCAAGGGCCAGGUUUGGUUUCGGGGCCGCCGCCGCCGCCGCCGGGUGCUGGGAUGGUGAUGACGUCAGCAGCAGCAGGAGUAACACCAAUGUACGACGCUACGGAGGGCGGUGGGCCUGGCGGUGCCGGGCGGCUGAAGGCGCAGAUGAUGGGGAAGCUGCAGGACGGCUUCUCGGAGAGCCGUGACAAGCUGAGCCGCAUCGGCAAGGCCAUUGCAACCAAAGCCCCGGAGGCACUUCGGGACAUCAAAACCAAGAUCCAGCGGCCGGGGCAGCCGGGAGGGGGCGGUGGACCUGGCGGCGGCGCCGGCGGCGGUGUGGAGGGUGAAUGGGGCUGCUGCGGCGGCGGCGGCAUGCUGGAGCGUGGCAGCAGCAGCGGAGGACCCGCCCUGGACUCCGCCUUACCCCUCAAUCCCGACUACUUUGGUCGCAAUUCCGCCGCCAAUACAAGCGGUGGGGGUGCUUCGGCCGCGGGAUCGCAGGCGACCGCGGGCGGUACGGCAGCUGCCUCUAUGCCCCGGGCACAAGCCGCGGUGGAUGCGGACGUGGCAAUGGCGGCAGACGGCGGUGACGGCGCCGACACCGGGCGGCUGGGCGGCUUCGAGGAGGAUUUUGAGUGCCGCCCCUCGCGCAAGGGCGUGUACGUGCAGCUGCUGGGGGAGCAGGUGCAGCUGCUGGGGGAGAGAGGAACCAAGGUCCCCGAUACGAGUAUCCGUGAGAUCAUGCUGGAGGUGGAGGUGGCCGUCACGGCGGUGUUCGAGUACCACACAGCUCUUCCCGCCGGCAGCAGCAGCACCGCUGCUGCUGCCGCUGCCGCAGGCGCCGGUGGCGCCGAUGCGGGUAUUGGACUUGGGAGCUUUGGCGGCGGUGCAUGGUUAGCCCCCGAGCCGGUGUCCUUCAACAUCCUGCAGCUGGACCACCGCAUGCGGGGCAACACCAUUCCGCUGCCCAAGACGCUGCUCAAGGGCCUGCUGAACGCCUACAUGCCGGGCCUGCUGACGCGGCUGCUGUCCGGCCUGCUACCCGCGGAGCUGGGCGCCUACACGGCCGCAAGCGGGGAGACACAGGCGCUGAGCGGGGAGUUCAAGGUGGCGGGGCCCUCACUCACAACCACCAUUGCACCCUUUGCGCCCGCGAACAAGCCGCCCCCAGGCAAUGACCCGGCUCGUCGAGCCCAGUGGAACGCCGCCCAGGCGACUGCAGCGCGCGCGCGAGCCAUGCUGGGCCUUACGGAGGCGCAGGCGGCCGCGGUUUCGGAGCUGUUUGGCGGCUGCGGGCGGUCGGCGGUGCUGCCGGACAGUGCCGGAGUGGGACCCAGCAUCAGUGGGCUGUGCAGGUUCUAUGUGAGCUACAGCGGCAGCGGACUGUGGCAGCCGCUACUGGGGUUGCUAGACCGGGCACUACAGGAUGCCUUCGAGUUCCACGGAGUGGCCCCAGCGGAGCGUUUCUCCCUGCCUAGCUUCCUUGACGGCGCCGUGGCCCGACUGGUGCGCAAACCCCUGCGCAUCGCUUUCACACUGGAACGACUCAGCCUCGCGCUGGACUGCGACGCCGCGCUGGCCACCCUCCGAGACUACUUCGAACGCCUAGCCCGAGAUUUCGACGCCAAAUCAGGCAGCAACACCGGCGGCGGGAAUAGUAGCGGCGGCGGCGGUGGGAACAGCAGCGGCGGAGGCAGCAGCUCCGGCCCGCCUCGGGAGCCGUUAGAGGUUCAGUUGCAGUUGUUGGAUCUGUGGCAUGCAUCGCUGGCCAAGGUGUUGCGCACGUUCAAGCAGCGCUUCCGAUCGGCGGGCGCUACGUUGUUGGCGUCGGCGGAUCGGCGGGUGUUCCAGUUUGGUGCGGAGAGUGUGUCGUACGACGGGCCGCUGAAGCUUCAGGUGCCCCUGGACCUAGCCAUGGAUCCGGACGGCUCCUUCCUGUUGGACGUGCGCCUGCCGGACCGCGAGCAGGCCACCAACUCCCUCACAAGCCUCCUAACGGAAGUCAUGUAUUCCCUCUCCAACACACACUAUAACGCGGCAGCAGCCGCGGCGGCAGCGGAGGCGGGGAACGGUAAUGGUGCCCCGGGCAGCGCUACCGCCGCGGCUACUAGCACGGGUAGCAGUGCGUUUGCCAGCGUGCAGCAGCAGCUGCAGCAGCGGCUGUUGCAUGCGGGGCAGGGGUUGGCUGCCGCCAUGCCUCCCUCGCCGCCGUCGGCUGCAGCUGCGGCUCAGGCGGCGGUUACGGUUGCGACCGUUGCCGCUGCUUCCUCCGGCGGCGCUGGCGGCGGUGGCGUAAGCGGCGGCGGCAGCAGCCAUGGCAGCGCUAGGGGCAGUGCCGGCGGCGCCGGCGGCGGCGGGGGAUCCCCGUCCAAAUCUGCUGGCGGCGGCGUGCCGCUUGCGUCGGCGGGUGCCUCAGCAAUGUUGUCCGACAUAGGCGAGGAUCUUGCUGCGGCGCUGACGGAGGGGAUGCCGGAGGGCGGCGUGUUGGUGGCGGGGACGGCACCACUGCUGCAAAACCCUGUGGUUGGGCAGCUUUGCAUUAAGAAGUUGGCACUCAGCUUGAGGCUGGACGAGGAGCGUAUUGUGGAGCUCCUUUCGGGCCGAGCAUGCGGCGGGGGCAUUAACAGCGACUCUACAACCACAGCCGCCGCCGCGUCAGCCGCAUCUCUCUCGCCUCUGUUGAUGCCAGCCUUGACCUCAUCCAACGGUCGAGCCAGCCCCAUCACCGCCGCAACUACUGCCGCCGCUGUUACUCCCUCCGCAGCGGAAGCGGACAUCGCGGGGCGGUUGUUGGGCUGCUACGGCGACCUCUUCACAGCCUCUCUGGACACCGGAUGGAGGCGCGAGGGCGACUCGGACGCGGCGGCGCAGCGGCCUUGCUGCAUGCUGACGGUGCAGAGCAACGACAUCACACGACUGCGAGCGGAGGUGGAGGGACUGUGGUUCCAGUCGAGUGUGUCACCGCGACUGGCCGUCAGGGUGCUCCAGGCAGUGGUGAUCGCUUUGGUCCUCAAGUUCCACUCCGCCGACUCCUACUCCAUCCGCUUCUGGAACCGCGCCUUCAACCAACUGCAUGAGUACCUCUCGCGCGGCAGCCUGGAUGUGGCUGCAUGCCUGUCCAUGCGGGCGGCCAUGGACCGACCCACGGGUCGCCUGCGAGUGGAGCUGUCGGGCCAGGACCUCAACCACCACCACACCUCAGGUGGUGCUGUUGGUGGCGGGGGUGGUGAUAAGGGCGGUAGCCAGCAGGGGCAAGGGCUGUUGGGUAGUGUGUGUCCGCUUUACUUGCUGAACGAUGUAAACCUGAUGACGGUGCUAGACAGUGUGAAGCUGCUGACGGAAACAGCGCCGGCGGUGGUCGCGGCGGAUGAUGGGUCGCAGCAGCAAUUUGGAGAGUAGGGUUUGGUAGAGGCUGUUAUGAGAGGGUGGUUGAAGCGGUUGGUUGGGAGUUGGGGCUCCAGUCGAGGAGGUUGUCCGCAUGUCUGCUGCAGUGGUCACUGUUGGAGUGCUAGCAGGAUGCGUGAGGCAUGGUGGUGUGCAGGAUUCUCAUGAGAGGUUUAGGUCUUGUGUGGGGAUGUGAUAGGCGAGCUUACGCGGCCUGGGUAGGCGAGCCAGUGCUGGGAAGCGUUUAGGAAGCGGCUGUGCACAGGAUAGGAGCUUGAGCAGGCUGGGGGAGGGAAGGGCUGGAGGGUAAAUGUCCGUGAUGAAGGUUGCACGUGUAGCGCAGACGCGGUAAGUUCCUCGUGUGUGCGUGGCUAACGGAGGAGAACCACCAAGGUACGAACGGUAAAGUUCGGUCUGUAAAUAUUAACGUGUAGGUAUUAGACACUAGGCAUCAUGCGUCAAGCUUCGGCGGAUACCAUUCAUACCCUUUGUGGAGACAAUGCAUGGCAUGCAGGGCGGUACGCAUUGUGGCAUCGGAGCCGGAUCCAGAUUGGCAACCAGCAAAGCGGUGACAGCAUUAUGGAUACUGGUUGAAUGCCGGUUCUUUAAGGAGUGCUUGUAAGGGCUAAUGCCAUUAAAAAGCGUACUUGCACUAUGCAACCUGUGGACUACCUGCAGGGAACCCCUGGUAAACACACGCCGUUCUUAUCGACAACAUAGCCGAUGCCUUCAACUAUCUUUCGUUGCUUUUGUUAGUGUCUUAGGGCGUCUAGGGUUUUGACCAACGUAGCCUGCAGACGCCCCGUCGAGGAAUGCGGACUUCGAAAGACGUUAUUUUCACGGAUAUGGGUGAAUCCGCUCCUCACCGCCGGCAACCCUCAGCCACCCUCAUGCUUCCUCGGGUGACAACUCGCCCCAACACCGACACCGUAAAGCUGCUGAUGCUGGGCUACAAGCAGGAGCUAAAGCGCGAGUUCACUCUCUUCAACUCCUUUGGCAGCAGUGUCACAGCGCUCAGCAGCCUCACAGCCCUGGGAGGCACCUACAACAUCGGCAUCAUCUACGGGGGCCCGGUGGUCAUGAUGUGGGGCUGGCUGGUCGUGACGCUGUUCACGACGUCUGUGGGCCUGAGCAUGGCGGAGCUGGCCUCCGCCUACCCGACCUCCGGUGCGCUGUACUACUGGUCGUACCGGCUGGCUCCCACCCGGCUUAAAAACCUGGCGUGCUGGAUGACUGCCUGGAUCCUGACGCUGGGCCAGGCGGGGUUCUCAGCCUCCCUCAUUUACACGUUCGUACACUUCAUUGCGUCGGCUAUAGAGGUCCAAUACGGCAUCCGGCUGUCGUCCGCUGGGGUGUUCGGGCUCCUUAUCGCAGCCACAGCGCUGAUCGGGCUGCUGAACUGCGGCACGGCGCGGCUCACGGCCUACAUGACCACGCUGGGGACAAUGUGGCACUUGGUUGCGCUAGCUGCAUUUUGCCUCUGCCUGCCGCUGUCUUCCCCAACCACGCGAUCCGCCAAGUACAUAUUCACCUCCUGGCAGCCUCAUCACGAUGUCACCGGCAUCUCCAGUUCCAUCUACACCACCCUCGUGGGACUGCUGAUGUCGCAGUGGACGCUUACGGGCUACGAUGGCUCAGCACAUCUGGCCGAGGAAACCGUCCAUGCGGAGCUCAACGUCCCCAAGGCCAUCCUGCUGGCAAUCGGGGGCGUGGGUGCCACGGGUUUCGCGUUGCUACUGUCGCUCACCUCCAUCAAAUUCGAUGUGGCGAAGCUGCUGGACCCGGCCAAUGAGACGCACGGCGAGAACGUGGUGCUGCAGAUGCUGAUUGAGCUGUCCAAGGAAACAAAUAGCCCCGUGAGCAGCAGCGUGGUGCUCUUCACGGUUCUCAUCGUGGGGGCGUUCUUCUGCUCCUCUCAGUCCAUCGCAAACAACUCAAGGAUGCUGUACGCCUUUGCGCGCGAUGACGGCGUUCCACUUGCCAGCUAUGCCAAGCGGGUGCAUCCCCGGACCAAGGCGCCCGUGUACGCAGUGCUGUACAUGCUCGUCCUAACAAGUCUGCUGUCCACACCCAUGUGCUUCAACGCAUAUGUGUUCCCCGCGGUCACCUCCUUUGCGGUUGUUGGCUGCUACAUCGCCUACGCGCUGCCCGUGCUGUGCAAGCUCUCCACGGGUCGGCGCUUCUUCCUGCCAGGGCCCUUCUUCCUGGGUCCUCGGCUGUCGUACAUUAACAACAUUAUCACAUCGCUCUGGGUGCUCACCGUGACAGUUCUGUUCACACUGCCACAAUAUUACCCGAUCACCGUGAUCAACCUAAACUGGAGCGCGCCCAUUCUUGGCGUCGCCUUCGCCUUCUCUCUUGGAUGGUAUUACUUUCCCAAGUACGGUGCACGCGCCUGGUUCAUAGGUCCCCGCGCCAACCUGGGCCAGUUUCAGGACGAGCUCCCCUCCGAGCGAGCACGCAUGGCAGCGGACAUGGAGGCUGCCGAGGCAGCAGCAGCACUCGCAGCGGGCCAUGCUGCCCGGGCGGCUGCGGAUGCAACAGACCUGCUCGCGCGCAUGGCCAGCGGAACUGCUGGGAUAGCCCGCGGCAGUCUUCACAGCGGCCGAAGCUCCCGGCGUUCCGGCGGCGGUGGACACAAGAGCAGGAGCCCCGCGGUUACCGGCACUGGCGACGUGCCUGACGACUCGACGCCCGCAGCUGCGGCCAUGUCGAUGUUACUUGGCAGCUCCUCGCCUCGAGGAGGCGAUUACGUUCCAAAAGCCAGCCUUGGCCGAGUUACGUUCAGUAAAGGGAGCAAGGGGCUCAGGGAGGGCGAUGCUAACUAUGGCGCAAGCAUUAAUGGCGAAGCGCGACUCGAACGGCCAUCCUGUGAUGGCCGUCUGUCAGGAAACGCGAGUCGGGCUGCUCGGGAACGCACCGCGAGGCGCUUUCUGGCACGCAGGCCUCAAUCCAUGACCCGUUUCGACCCAUGGGUCAGCGCCACGGGACACAUUUCCGAUCGUCCCUCUGCUGGCUACAGUGUCGACCGAGUGGCUCAGCUGGCACGUGCAAUGGUUGGGAGCUCAGCUGGAACGCCCCUGGCCCCACCUUCCGUUGCACCUUUGGAGUUGGUUGCCGAGAGCGGCGAGGUGCAGGAGCGAUCCUCUCAAGAGGAGCGAAGCAGCGACUUGCACUGCCGCGCCCGGCUACGACGGGCGUCUGUCAGUGUGAUGGCUUUGCCCGGCGGCGUUACAGCCGACAUGCACGUGGGGUCUGCUCCUGCCAAUGCGGGUGCAGCAGCAGCGGCGACGGAGGCUACGGGCGGAGCGACGACCUGUGAGGCCAACGUUGGCGUCUUCAGACUUGGUGGCCGUGCGUCCCUGGACUGCCCACGGAAUGUGCCUGCAGUGUUACUGUCGUCAGCUCGGUUAUUGCAUUUCCCAAGCGAGGAUGGUGGCGGUGGCGGUGGUGGUGUACGGGCCUUGGUGGAAAAUGUUGCCCUACAGGGGGAACGGCAGGCUUGAACGGGUGAGAUCUAGUUGCCGUCACAGGGAUUCUUCUUUACAAUACUAGUGUACUCCAUACACGCUCUGUGGACGAUGUAUGGUUUAUGCGUGCUGGGUUCACUGUUAGAACGAUGGCUUAGUCAAGGGAAAUAAGGUCAUCCUGUGCAGCUUUCGAUCAGUGCGUGCGCGGAAUGCGUCUCAGGGUCCCCAGUUGCUCGAGGGCGCUAGCAGAUAUGUUCGUUUCAGCAAGCGAGCAAGCAACGUUUGCGCGAAUAUAAACAGUUUAAAGCUAGGGAGACUGCGGCGGCGGCGGGGCGGCAUAUGGCUUGGUGCUAUUGCAGAGUUUGUUGAGUUGCCGUGUUUGUACUUUGCCCGCGUUCGUUGGUUUGUUGGCUGGUGUUGUUGUGUCAUGUUCGUUGGACUGCCCGUCUCAUGCUUCAAUCAACAGCGGAUCAGCCGUCCGUCGUUUGAUUGUGGCGCCUCAUCCGCACCUUGCCUCCCGUGAUCCUGUGUGACGGGACGGAGCCACACCCUUUCGCAUGCGCUGUUCGGUUGUGCAAUGCAUGUGAGCGCAUUGCACAUGCCUGAGGACUAUAUUACGUGUUCAUAUCCUUGCAUUGGGCGCUUCCCACCUCCCCUGGCAGCAGUAUGCCGGGUCGACUCUCCAUGCACACAUAACCUUUUAUGUUCAUUUUCAUGUACCGGUUUGUUGAUGUUUCCGGUCUUGCGCCCGACAUCGUUGAGGGCAGCUGUGAGCAGAGAAAGAUGUUCCCCGCAUUCUCUCUAUGCGGGGAAGAGGAGCGAGUAUUGGUACACCAAUCGCACUUGUCAUGCAGUCAGCAGUCAGCACUGCAGAAACAUCGGCCACCUGUGGUGUGGUGGAGCAGGCGACUGCCAGAGCGAGGCGUGAAUGUGUGUAUGUAUGUGUGUGUGUGUUUUCUGCCAUGCAUGUGCGCAGAGCAGUGGCAGCAGCCUGCGCGGGGGGGGGGCGUGUUGUACUGCACUGGCUUUUGGUGCUAUAGAUGCUGUCGUGCAUAGCAGACAACUGUACCACUGUUUCCCACAGGGUUUUUGUACGGCAGUUGUUGUUUUGUGUGUUUGCUGUUGUUGUUCACAGGGCCCUUUGGGAUUAAUAUUGAGGGAAUCAUCACGUGAGUGCGAACAUGCCAGCUUGAGGUUGCUGCGUACGCAAAACCAUCUUAUUCAUAUACUGUACAAUCCACUCGACUUCGUGUGCCUAGUCGGGGGGUGCCUUGGGGAAUCCUUCUGCCAUUCAUCUUCACCUUUCAGUAGCCUAGGGUUAGCCUAGGGUAGGAUCAAAGCUGCUUGUCGUUGCGGUGUCAAUUGGUUUGGCUGCAGUGUAGCCUGAUCGGGUCGGGGCCUGGCAUGGCAUGGCAACUUCUUUUGCAGUGGUUGCGUUUAGACUUUGCUACUGCUACUACUUAACGGUAUUUAACGGUAUUUUACCUGCGUACCGUGUAACGGCCUGCGCACUGCAUGUUGAAUUGGUUUGGAUUGGAAGUGUUGCAAUCCGAAAAAUAUAUGUAUGGCGUUGCUAUUGCGGUAACGAAAUGCCGGGUUCGUAUGUCGACGAAUCGUCGCCGUCAAGGUAGGAUCGGCUUGCGAGAAUAGGUCGAGAGACUCCUAGGCUAGAAAAGGGAAUUUUGCGGGGUGUCUGUCAUGCACAUGGAUUCGCUCCACUGCCAAUUCAUCAUACGUUCUUGGUGAGGAGCCUCGAGGCUCGAACGGUGUCGAACGACCAUCGAGAGCCCACAGCACCUUCAACUGUUCAAUCUUCAAUGCAAAGACACCUAGUUAUACGGGCAUAUGGGAAAUUAUUAAUUACAUAAUAGUUAAUUUAAGAAAAC